AUGGUCGAUAUCUACGUGUGCAUCCCUAUGUGUAUAGUAUAUCUCGUUCAACAGCUCGAUAAAGGAACUGUAGCCCAAGCGGCAGUAUUCGACCUGAAGGAAUCUACCGGUUUAGUUGGCUCUCAAUACAGUUGGUUAUCAUCUUGCGUAUAUCUAGCUCAAUUAUGCUGUCAACCGCUUUCUUCCUACGCCUUGGUUGUGUUCCCAGUCAAAUAUUGGGUGUUAUUCAAUUUCACUGCCUGGUCAAUCGUGACCAUCUGCACAGCAGCCGCUACGAAUUUCACAGGACUCAUUAUAGCCAGGAUCCUACUAGGUGGAUUCGAAGCUACCAUUCUCCCAUCUUUCGUCUUGAUCACUCAGAUGUGGUGGACAAGGAGAGAACAAUCUUACCGCACGAUUGCUUAUCAAAUUGCCAACUCUGCCGCUGCCAUCUUUGGUCCCCUCAUCGCGUUUGGUGUGGGUCAUGUCAGCUCAAGCAUACAACCUUAUCAAGGUAUAUUCUUAUGUAUGGGUGCAAUCUCCCUUGCAGGAGUUCCUGUCGUAUGGUAUCUUUUACCAAAUUCACCUACCAAUGCCAAAUUCCUACGUAAAGGAGAUGAUCGAUUGAUCGCCUUAGACCGAUUGAGAGAAAACAACACAGGUACCAAAUCCUCGACCUGGAAAUGGAGUCAGGUGUGGGAGACCUACCGAGAUCCAAAGACAUACAUGUGGGCAGCGAUGUAUCUUUGUACUUCCACUCCUAGUGGUGGUUUCGGUGCAUUCAGUGGACUGAUCACAAAAGGUUUUGGAUUCGAUUCUUUCGAGAGUAUCUUAAUGCAAAUUCCUACCGGAUUCAUCGGUAUCUUCACCUUGUUGAUUGCUAUUUACUGUACCAAUCGAUGGAAGACCCGAUGGGCAGUUAUCGCCAUUGUCACGCUCUUCCCCAUAGCUGGUGCUUCAGCGAUGGUCAAGGUUCCGAGGUCUCAAUCUGGCGCUUUGUUGGCUUCGUAUUACGUAGCAUCAUACCCUUUGGCUGGCAUCCAACCACUACUCUACUCGUGGGCCAACUUAAACCAAGCUGGAACAACAAAACGAGUUGUCGUCUUCGCUACUAUGUUUGUCUUCCAAUGUGCCGGUAACGUCAUUGGUCCACAAGUCUACCUUGAAAAGGAAUCACCUAUAUAUUCAACAGGUCUCUACGUCGACAUAGGCUGCUGGGUAGUCCUCGUCCUGCUAGUCAUAAGAAUGCGAGUGUACCUAGGAGCGCUCAACAAGAAACAAGCCGCACGAAGAGCCGCAAUGGGUUUACCGGAGAGCUUACAGGACAUGUCAAUUAUGACGAACGAAGAGGCCGCUGCUUACAAAGUCGAAUUGACCGAACAUGUGAAAGCCAAUGGAUUGGAUGAAGCGAAAUUGUACGAAAAUGCAUUUGAGGACAUGACUGAUUACGAAAAUCCCGCUUUCAUCUAUGUUUUGUAA